AUGUUAGAAGAAGCAAGAGAUCGAAGAUACAAUAUGUAUGCUAAAGUAAUUCAAAAAGCGUUCAAGAAAUAUUUCGCUCGAAAGAGGCAAGAACAAGAAAAGCAGGAGGCAGCUGAUUUGUUGUUUGGCCGCAAAGAACGUAGACGAGCUAGUUUAAACAGACACUUCAUGGGUGAUUACAUUGGAUUGGAAGACAAACAUCAAAUAUUAAAUUUAAUUGGAAGGAGAGAAAAAGUUUUCUUCGCCGAAGUUGUGAAGAAGUAUGACAGAAGAUUCAAGAUCAGUAGAAAAGAGUUAAUUCUAACUAACAAAUAUUUAUAUCUUAUUGGUCGAGAACAAAUCAAAAAGGGCCCACAGAAAGGGAAACUGAUAGAAAUAAUAAAACGGAAAUUAUCAUUCAGUCAAAUUAGUCAUGUGUCAUUAAGUAAGCUUCAAGAUGGUUUUCUUAUUAUUCAUGUAAAAGAAGAUUAUGAUAACUUACUAGAAUUAAUAUUUAAGACAGAAUUCUUAAUUAAUAUUAGCAAAAGAUACGUCGAAGAAACCAGUCAUAUUCUAAACAUAAAAUUUAGUAACAAUUUAGAAUUUAAAGUCAAGAAGGAAGGAUGGGGAAGUGGAGGUACAAGACAAAUACAUUUUAUACAAAUGGAAUACGGCAAUAAAGAAAUUUUAAAGCCGAGUGGAAAAAUUCUGAACGUUUGGAUUGGACCAGGAUUACCGUGUACUACUAGUAAGUGA